UUUCAACCAUACACGAUGAAAUCUCUCAGACUCGCCAGACUCGUCAGAGCCACCAGGCCCCAGCCUGCCCCGAUCUGCCAAUCCUGUCCCUCUCGCCUACUCCUCCGCUCAUAUAUCUCCACCCGCCCCCGAUUCGCAGAAGUACAAUCUGGUCCAAUCAUCUCCCAAAGCAAUCGCGCAGAGAUCACCCUUCGCCGGUUCUGGAAGUCUGCCCAUGUCGCCGAGGAAGCAGACGGGACUUUUCGCAUAAAAUUAGAUCACCGAGACCUCAAAGCGCCAUCAGGCAAGAUACUGGUCCUGCCGAAAGGAAAACGUCUUUUUGCGACUCUCAUCGCGGCAGAAUGGGACAAUCAAGCAGAAGCAAUGAAGCCAACCUCCCUCGCCCUCACAUCCCUCGCCUUUCGUGCCAUUGACGGAUUCAAUGACCCUGCAUCCCGAUGCAAAGUCGUCGACAAACUCAUGCAGUACUUGGAGACCGACACCAUAUUGUAUCACGACGAUGGGACUGGUGCACCGACUCUAGAAUCGAUGCAGAGACAUCACUGGGACCCGUUACUCCAAUGGGUCACUGAAUCCUUUGGCAUCGAGCUGUCUCUCGCCACGGGGUUCUCCCCCGCCAAGCAGUCUCCACCAGUCCUGGAGCGGCUUCGACAGGAGAUCGAUAAGAUGGAUCAUUGGCAACUUGCCGCCUUUGAACGAGCCACCUACGCCUCCAAAUCCUUCAUCAUUGGCCUCGCCUUGUGCUCUGGUCGCCUCACGGCUGACCAAGCCUCCGAUGCGAGUCAUGUUGAAGUACGCAGUCAGAUUGAAAGAUGGGGAGAGGUCGAGGAUUCGCACGAUGUAGACUACCAGGAUAUCCGCAAGAUGCUAGGGAGUGUAGCCAUAUCAUUGAUAGAAUAAUAGCAUGCAUUAUUGCCGGGCGG